ACUUAUGUUAUCAAUAUAUUUCGAAUACGACGAACUUUAUAAAACAGCUGCUUAGUAGACUUCACAAUUUAUUCUUCACACUACUGGAUCUUCAAGCGAAUAAAAAAAGAAGAUAAUUCAAGAUUAUCCAAAACUUCGGAAUGAACACGCCACACUUGAUAACGACUAUUCUUCUUAGCCUUAUUUUAGGAACGAAUGCAUGGAACUAUAAGGAUGCUAAAAAAUGGGGCAACAAAUAUAAAAAAUGUAAGGGAAGACAUCAAUCUCCCAUACUUUUAAAUCCUGCUGGCUCGCCUCCUUUUUCAAAUUUCAAGAAAACAAUCAGACUUACAGACUUUAACAAAUUACCAGACAAGUUAACCAUAAAGAAUACUGGUCGCACUGUGGAAAUGAAAGCCGAGUGGACAGGAGAAGCUCCAAAGUGUUAUGGUGGACCCCUUGAUGGGAAGUAUGUGUUUGAAAAAGUCACUUUUCAUUGGGCUCAAAAAAAGUGGAUAGCCUUUGAAGCUUCGCCAAAUGCAGAACAAGAUCGAAUGACGUACGAUAUGGAAAUGAAAAUGUUUUUUUAUAAAGAACAUUUGAAGUCAUUUGAGAAAGCUGAAUCGAAAAAGGGCGGUCUUGUCGUAUUUAGCAUGGGGCUCACGGUGUUUCGGGAGGGAUAUGGUAUUGCCGAACCUUUGUUUGACAACCUGGAAAAAAAAAUUAAUAAGGUGCGAUCUCCAAAUUCAACAGCAGAGAUAACCCCUUUCCGCUUCGCAAGUAUUUUUGAUAAGCCUAGUAGAAUGCUACCCUUUUAUUACUACGAAGGCUCGCUAGAUUAUCCGCCUUGUUCAGAAUCUGUGUCUUGGUUCAUAAUGGAUUCUAAUACUGGUAUUGCCGAUAGCCUAAUACGUAAAGUGAGGACAAUAAAAUUAGCCGAAGAAGACAAGUCGAAUGUUAGACCUCCCCAGCCACUAAACAAACGUGAAGUUCAUUUUGUGUGUAAUUAUGAAGGGCACGAGGAUUGGGAGAAACAGUUCGACAGUAAACCGUCGCAAGCAAAUGCAGAUGCCUCUUUUAAAAAUUUGCCUGCAGACGGCAGGGAUUAGACAGUGUAUGGACUAUUACUAAACUUUUUCCCAUACUUGACUACUAGUAAUAUACCCUGCGAAGUUUAGU